CUUUAGUCCAGAGUAAAACGAUGGGGAAACGCUCUGUAAGUCCCCCCCUCCUCUGGCUCCUCCUCCUCUCCUCCCUCUCCCCCCCUCUCCUCUCCUCUCCUUCAGUAAACCUCCGUCGUUUUACCGGGUGUGCAGUGAGGGAGUUCACGUUUCUUGCUAAAAAGCCUGGCUGUGGAGGCCUGCACAUCACCACAGACGCCUGCUGGGGGCGCUGUGAGACCUGGGAGAAGCCGAUCGUGGAUCCUCCGUUCAUUGACUCGUUUCAGAGAGUUUGUACGUACAACGCCUCUCGCCUGGUCACCGUCCGACUGCCCGACUGUGCCGCCAACGUGGACCCGAGCUACAGCUACCCCUCCGCUCUGAGCUGUGAGUGUGGGGUGUGCCAGACCAGGACCACCGAGUGUAUAACUUCUGCGUAACUCACCUGUCAAUCACACACAAGACCCGCCCAC